UUUUAGCGGAAAAACGUUUUGUUGCGCUACAUGGUGUCGAGCCGCAUUGCAGGUGUUUUGAUUUUUGGUGUUGGGUUUCUGUGUGGUUACUAUUUUCAUAUUCUGCACGUGAGAUACCUUCGCCAGAAACAAAGUUUCUUCCAAAAUCGUCUCAAAGACGUCGAGGAGAAGCUCAAAAAUAUUUGAUAUCCUAAUUUUCAUUGCGUUAAAAGACUAGUUAGUAUAAGUCUGUUGAUGUCUUCGGCUACAAAAGAAGAUCUGUAUGGAGUCUCAUGGUCAAACCCUGCAUGGAGUCACUUCCUUUGCUCAGCAAACGUCCUGGAUUACUUUUGUGACCUUUCAAAUCCUUUCUACGAUAGACAAUGUAAUAAUGAAGUCAUUCGAAUGCAACGGCUUCAUCCUGAACAGCUUUUGUGUAUGACUGGCGUUGAGUUCUACCUUCACCACGCACAAGAACCUAUACUGUUCAUAAUUCGAAAGCAACAGCGUUUAUCUCCCACCCAAGUCACUCCUUUGAGUUAUUACUAUGUGAUUAAUGGAACAGUACUUCAGGCUCCAGAUCUUUCCACGCUUUUGAAUUCUCGUUUAAUGACAACAGUUGUUGGCUUGAAGAAAGUAAUCCAGAUGCUUCUUCCCUGUGCUCGAUAUCAUCCUUCAGAUGGUUCAUAUUCCUGGGAUGAUCCUAAUGUUUUACUCGGGUGUAAUACAGAAUCAGAUCAAGCUUAUUCGAAGCCUCAAUCAACUUUACGCGCUGAAAAAGAACUGUCUAAACCUGCAACUCUGUUUCAAGUUCAGAGAACAGAUGCUCUGCUUGCUGAAUGGAUGAAUCGCUUUCCUGCUCCAUCAGCAAAUUUCAUUCAAAGUGUUGUCAAUUCUGGACAAACACCGUCUGCAACAACAGCUGUCUCUUCAGCUAGUGGUGGCAGUGGAGUUACUCCCGUUCCGUCGGCUCAAACAGCAAUAAAAGAAGAAACUCCGCAAGCCAGUUCAAAUUCUCCUGCUAAACUCCCUACAAAGUUGCCUACACUACCCGGUGUUUCAGUUGUCCCUGGACCUCCACAGAACACUUCAGUACAGUCUUCACAUCCCGUAGAUAAAAAGCCUCGUGUUUAAAAAUGCAGUCACAAUGUAAACAACACUAUAUUUCGGGAGAGACAAUUUUUAUUUUCAAACCUACAAUUUUGUCUGAUAGAGAAGGUUAUCUUUCUCAUUUUUUUGCUAGUCAAUACAGUUUUUUAUUCAUUCUAUGGAAACUCGUUAGAAGUUAAGCAAAAUAGGGAGUUUUAACUGGAAUUCGAUUUCUUGACGAUUCUGUGGUUGGAAAAUUGGUCGCACUUCAGAGAUUCUGUGAACAAGAAAACUUCAGAUUCAAAUUUCUAGGCGUAUUGAACUCACUUCUCUCUUCUCUGAGCUUAUAGUACUUGAAUUUCUCUGUAUAUUUUAUCACCUAGUGAAAAACAAAGUAGAUUUCUACACAAAUUGCAGUUAUAUAGCAGGCAAUGAUGUUGUGCUAAUAGUUUUUCCACGAUUAUGACUUUAAGGCUACCUAUUUUAAUUGUAAUAUAUAAGAGUAAACAAGUGGUAAUCACUGUAUCUUGUACGAUAUAUCUGGCCAUCUAGUACGAUUAAAUUGUCAUGGUAUUUGCAGG